CACACAAACACAUGCAUAUAUAGAAUCCAACACACACACAAAAACAUACAGAGUGAAAGAUGGCGAAAACCACCGCCUCCGGCACUGCUGCCGCCGCGCGUUUUCCGUCGAUCGAGAAAUGCGACACCUCCGGUGUAAACAGCCGCUCGAUAGCGGCGGACCUUGACGGAACCCUACUAAUCUCACGCUCCUCGUUCCCUUACUUCAUGCUCGUGGCAAUCGAAGCCGGGAGCCUCCUCCGCGGCCUGAUCCUCCUCCUCUCGUUCCCCUUCAUCGCCGCCGCGUACGUCUUCGUCUCCGAGUCGCUCGCCAUCCAGAUGCUGAUCUACAUUUCCUACUCAGGAAUCAAAGCGCGUGACAUCGAACUUGCCUCACGCGCCGUGCUGCCGAGGUUCUACGCGAACGACGUGCGAGCCGAGAGCUACGAGGUGUUCGAGAAGUGCAAACGGAAAGUCAUUGUCACGGCGAAUCCUACGAUAAUGGUGGAGCCGUUCGCGAGCGAGUAUUUGGGGGCGGACAAGGUGAUCGGGACUGAAAUCGAGGUCGAUCCGAAGACGAAGAAGGCAACCGGAUUUGUGAAGAAGCCUGGAGUGCUGGUCGGGAAAUGGAAGAAGUUGGCCGUGCUGAAGGAAUUUGCCGACGGCGAGACGCCGGAUAUCGGGAUCGGAGAUCGUGAAUCCGAUCACGAUUUCAUGUCUGUGUGCAAGGAAGGAUACAUGGUGCACCCUAGCAAAUCAGCAAAACCGAUCCCACUUAACCGCCUAAAGAACCCACUAAUCUUCCACGACGGCCGAUUAGUGCAGCCGCCAACUCCGCUCAACGCGCUCAUCACCUACAUUUGGCUCCCGUUCGGGUUCCUACUCUCCAUAAUCCGCGUCUACUUCAACCUCCCUUUACCGGAGAAAAUCGUACGCUACACCUACCCCAUGCUAGGCAUCAACCUAGUCAUCAAGGGGCAUCCGCCCCCACCCCCUUCUCGUGGGUCCCCCGGUAACCUCUACGUGUGUAAUCACCGAACUGCACUCGACCCUAUAGUAAUCGCAAUAGCACUAGGUCGAAAAGUCUCGUGUGUGACGUAUAGUGUUAGUAAGCUCUCGAGAUUUUUAUCUCCAAUCCCAGCCGUUGCCUUGACGCGCGAUCGUGUGGCGGAUGCUGCGAUGAUCAGGGCGUUGCUCGAGAAGGGCGAUUUGGUCGUUUGUCCGGAGGGGACCACGUGCAGGGAGAAGUACUUGUUGAGGUUUAGUGCUUUGUUUGCGGAGUUGAGUGAUCGGAUUGUGCCGGUGGCUGUGAACGUCGCGCAGGGGAUGUUUUACGGAACUAGUGUGAGGGGAGUGAAGUUUUGGGAUGCCUAUUACUACUUUAUGAACCCUCGGCCGACGUACGAGGUGAAGUUUCUGGAGAGGCUGCCGGAGGGGAUGACUUGCCGCCGCGGCGGGAAGUCGGCAGUCGAGGUGGCGAAUCAUGUGCAGAGGGUGUUGGGUGGCGCGUUGGGGUUUGAGUGUACUCAGUUGACUAGGAAGGAUAAGUAUAUGCUGCUUGGUGGGAAUGAUGGCAUGGUGGAGUCUAUGUACUCCAAGAAAUGAAUUGAACUCUUUUGGAGGAGAUUUUAGUAGUAUAUGAAUAUCUGUGAGGGUAUUAUUGGAAUUUGAAGUGGAAUAUUGUUUUGGUAAUAAUUUCUGAAUAUUGGUGAUGAUUUUGUUGGUUUUUUUU